AAUUAGCACCGCAUUCUUCACUAAUGGGGAAGUUGAGAAGGAAGCCAGAGAUUUGCCCCAUUGAUAAGCAUUGCUCUGAAUGGGCAAUAAAAUACAUGGGGUACUGUCUUUGCAGCACAAAAGAUGGCUUUUCAUUGGCUCUUGGUUUGAUUAGUGUGCUGACGUGGAGUGUGGCUGAAAUACCUCAGAUCAUCACCAAUUACAGGGAGAACUCUGCCGAGGGGCUCUCCAUCGUGUUUCUUUCGACGUGGAUCGUUGGAGAUUUCUUCAACCUCGCGGGCUGCAUGUUAGAACCGGCAACUCUUCCAACACAAUAUUACACAGCAGUGUUGUAUACAGUAACUUCCUUAGUUCUUGCCUCGCAAUCUGUCUACUACGGAAACAUUAAACCACGGCUCAAGUUCAAUAAAAGACUUCAGCAAGAGGAUAUGGAAAGAAAACGAGACGACGGUUACAGUGACGAUACCGAAAAAUCAAAUAACGAAGAGAGUUUUGAAGGUGCACCGAGCUCACCUGUUCCCGUUGCACACAAUUCCCCCACCGGUUUCGAAGAAAUAUAUUUUAUGUCAGCAAGAUCUCUUUCGGUGAGCCAUACACCGCCAGCUGGAUCUUUCCUAACAGGGAGAACUCCAACUUCGGAUGUCGAAAAACCAUUGCUCGGUGAAGCUAGGCCGCCACAAACUUCCUCCACUCCUCCGAAAAUCAAAACCAUGUUGUGUGUGGUUUCCCUGAUGACAUUCUUUAUCGGAAGUUGCACUAACCAAUUAGCAGCAAAUCGUGAAAACGUCACUAGUUUAAAUAAUCCGACAGGUGGCGUGGUUUUCCGAGUGGGGAGACGACUCUUGGAGGCAACUAUUGGUUCAGCACAAGAAACUUCGGGUUCGGGGAGUAGUAGGAUAGGCUCGUUUCUUGGUUGGGGAAUGGCAGUUAUUUACGUCGGGGGGCGUCUUCCGCAAAUUUGCCUAAACAUCAGAAAGGGUAAUGCGGAAGGGUUGAACCCGCUAAUGUUCGUCUUUGCUAUUGUUGGCAAUACUACAUAUGUGGCGAGCAUUCUUGUUAACAGCUUAAGCUGGGUGAAAAUAAAACCUAAUCUUCCUUGGCUGGUGGAUGCAGCGGGUUGUGUCCUUCUCGACGCUUUCAUUCUUACUCAGUUUAUUUACUUCCGUUACCGAUCGAGGACUAGAGUCGACAAGUAUGUAUCUUGAAUGGCUCUGAAAUCGCGAUUAAACGACAUCAUAGGAGCGUAUUCCGGUGAGCCACAAACGCAACGCCGCUUCUCUGAUUGCACGACAUCAGCUGCCUUCAGAACAACGCAGAUUUUUUUCGUUUUUUAUUCUCAUUAUUAUUUAGUUAAUUCUUGUCACAUUCUUUAGCACAGAUUGUUCGUCUCUCCCGUAUAACUUUUCUAUGCAUUUUUUGUACAAUCGAGCUUCACUUUUGUUGCUCAAAUUAUCUUCUUGACAAAAAAAAAAAAAAAA